UGCAUCUAUUGACCACCUCAACUUGAUCCUUAUGCUCGCCCGCGUCGUGACCUUCCAGAGCUUGCGCCACGUCCGCGCACUGUCCACAUCAGCCGCCGACGCUGCGGCUGCAUCUCUCCAAAAGGGCUUUUCCAAGAGCCAAAAGGACGACGACGUCACGCAUGAUGACAAUUUGUACGUUCCAUCCAACGUGGUUGGCCCCGAGGCGGAGGAAGCCGCAACGACAUCACCCCAUCCAUGGCUGGAUCACCUCCAUGAGACGCAUGUAAACUCGUUCGCGCCGAAAAUCAUCGUCGUGGGCGUCGGCGGUGCCGGCGGGAAUGCUGUCAACAACAUGAUUGCGCGCGGGUUGCAUGGCGUCGACUUCCUCGUGUGCAACACGGAUGCGCAGCACCUGAAGACGACUCUCACCGACAAUCGCAUCCAGAUGGGGUCCGAGCUCACGGGAGGGCUCGGCUGCGGCGCCAACCCCGACGCAGGUCGAUUGGCGGCGGAAGCUAGCUUGGACGAGAUCAUGGAGCGCAUUGGCAACGCCAACAUGAUGUUUGUAACGGCGGGGAUGGGCGGUGGCACGGGGACAGGGGCCGCGCCCGUGAUCGCGCAAGCCGCGUUGGAUUCGGGCAUCUUGACCGUCGGCGUGGUCACCAAGCCGUUCCGCUUCGAAGGCAGCCAUCGCAUGAAGCUGGCCGACCAGGGGCUGCACGAGCUCAAACAGAGCGUGGACACGAUGAUCGUUAUCCCCAACCAAAACCUGUUCAACAUGUCCACCGACCAGACGUCGCUCAUGGAUGCUUUCCGCAUUGCCGACGACGUGCUGCUGUCAGGCGUGAAGAACAUCACGGACCUCAUGGUCAUGCCGGGGCUGAUCAACCUCGACUUUGCCGACGUCCAGUCCGUCAUGACGCGCAUGGGGCCCGCCAUGAUGGGUUCGGGGGAAGCGGAAGGCGACAACCGGGCGUUGCGCGCCGCGGAAGACGCGCUGCACAACCCGUUACUGGGCGACGUCUCGGUCAAAGCUGCAAAAGGCAUGCUCGUGAAUAUUACUGGCGGGCCGGACAUGACGCUCUUUGAAGUGGACGCGGCCGCCGAGCGCGUGACGCAGGAAGUGGAGGAUCCGCUGGCCAAUAUUAUCUUUGGGUCGUCGUUUGACCCGGCGAUGACGGGCAAGAUUCGCGUGUCCGUGGUCGCCACGGGCAUCUCGGACGUCACUGGCAGCUCCAAAUAGCUAUGAAACUAUUGAUCACCACAAUGUACUUGUAGUGUACAGAGCUCCAAACACUUGAACUAUUGAAAUCAAGUCUGUAUUAAUUGUCAUUUUCUUCUAAUUUUCCA